AUGGCAGCUCCGCCACCACCAAGUUUCCAGCAAUUCGAGUUCCAUACCAUAGGAAAGGAGCCAUCGUUACUCAAGCGCAUGUCUACUGGCCAGCCAACAAUCCCAUACCAUUACACCCCUUCUCCUCCCCCUACCCCCCACCCCGAACGCGACAUUCCGCCCGUUGUUUUGAAUCGACCUACCCUCUUCGAAGCCUUGGGACAGUCAUCGCUCGUGUCACCCUUUCCAGUCCGGCAAGGCUCUAGUACGUCUUCUUCAGAUGACGAUAUGCAACUCCAAUACCCUGAGCCUGAAGAUCCGCCAUUCGUCCCCAAUUACGCGGCCUUGAAAGACCUUCAUUCUCGGUUGGACACAAUGCAGAAUCUAAUUUCUCUGCCCCCACCGAAGCUCCCUAAAGUUGUACCUCCUACGUUACCCCAGCCAGCUCUCGUCGCGGUUGCCAACGCACUACAACAUUCCGAAUCGGCGCAAAGAAAGACACAAGACCUUUCUGAGACAAUGCAAGCACGUGUAGCCGUGGCCCAACAGAGUGUGGCAACGGCCCAAGCCAUGGUCUAUAGCUUGACCCAAGCGCUCUCCGCAGCUCAGGCAACUCUCGAUGUCGCUCAAAAGUCACUCGAAGAUGCUCACAAAGCAGCUGACGAUGCGAAAACGGUUGCUCUCGCUUCACAGACAGCGGCAGAGGCUGUCGCCAACACCAAACACAUUCUUGAUGUGCCUACUCCCGCUCGCUCACCUACACCAGAACCAGCUAAUCCACACGCUGGCAUCAUUCAUGAUAUGAAGCAGGUGCUGGAUGGUGUCAAGCUGUGGGUCAGUGAAAGUGAAACUGGCCACGGACUUGCACCACCUAGCCGCCAUCCGUCUCCAAAGCCCCAAUUGCCUCCUCCGGCAUCCGACGCUCUUCCUAAGAUCAAAGUUGAAGAGGAAGCCACACGUGCUCUUGUUGAGCUCUCAGAUGUGAAGGCUGCUCGUCCUGACCCACAAGCCGAAGCUCUGGAACGCGAGGCCAUCUUGCGAAAGAUGCAGGAUGCAAAGCGGGAACAAGUGAGAUUGGACAAGCUACACGCCCACGCGGAAGCAGCCAAAUCGAUCUUGAAAGAACGGGAAGAAAAGGCGGAGUUGGCGAAUAAGCCAAUCUCGACAUCUUCAAGCCAACCCUCCUCGAUACGUCCAUCCCCUACCGGUUAUGUUAAUGCUCAGCCUGUUGUUGCUCCACCAUCGUCCGCCGUGAUCUCCAAGGUUCAAGGAAAGAAGAAACAAACACUCCCCGGUGUUUCCAAAGCCGGAUCGAAGCCCGAGACCAAACAGCCCGUUAAUCGUCAAUCGCCUUUGCUUUCAGUCUCGGCGUCAUCGACUAGUGCGGCCACUAACCUAUCAUGGUCGGGUACUUCGGACGGAACCAAUCAUCCCGCUCCUCAGACGUCCUAUACCUCUAAGCCCAUGUUGAAUAGUACAUCGUCUCAAUUCGCUCAGCUUGUGAAGCCGCAACCCCCCAUGAAGAAACCCACGUCGAAAAACAAGAAAGCGGUUCAGCAGAUACCAGUACAGACGGGAGCGGGUAGCUCCAAGAAUGGACCUCCUGUUGUGUCGACGCAGAAACAAGCACCCAAGUCUUCUGCAAAGGCAAAGCCACUGCCGCGACAGCCAACACCACCUCCCCGAUUGUCUGCUCGAACGCCCGAAAUCUACCACGAGGACGUUUGGAAUGGAAGAGAAUAUAGGUCGCCAAGCCCUAUUUAUCGUCGGUCUUACUCUCCAGAGUCCGCAAGCUACUCAAAUUCUAAUGCACAAUAUCCCAAUUAUUUCGACUAUUACCCGUCGUAUUCACCGCCACCGCCAUCUCAUGCGCCAGUGAAUCCUUAUAAACGACCACGUGAUCCAGAAGUGCACCAGCAGACACAGAACCGGUUCAAAGAUGAUAGAGAGGAGCGACGUUCGCUUGAAGACCGAUUGGGGGUAUCGUCGCAAAUGCACAAUCAACAGUCUGAUAUAUUUUCCCGCAUUCAUGCGACCCCUACCGCUCCCCGAGUUCUUCGUGCCGGGACCAGAGGCGGCAAAGGUGGUCGUGGAGGUGGGCGCGGGAGAGGACAAGGAGAACGGUCUUUGUUCGACCGCAUGGGCUGA